UCAUCAAAGAAAAUAAUCAGAGAGACUGAAAACAAAAAAAACUCCAAAAUGACAACCAUUAGCUCUUUCCUCUCUGAUUUUCUGCUUCGAUUCAUCGACAAAGAUUUCCAUGAAAUUCUCUCUAGAAUGACCCUCAUUGAUCGCUUUCUGUUCCUCAUAGUGCAUACGGUGGAUAAGAUGGUGGCAUGGCAUAAGCUACCGGUGUUCUUGGGAUUGGUCUACUUAGGGCUAAGGAGACAUCUUCACCAAGAAUAUAACCUAAUCAACGUGGGUAAAUCUCCUGUCGGGAUUCGGUUCAAUCCCUCCGAUUAUCCGUACCGGACGGCCGACGGUAAGUUCAACGAUCCCUUCAAUGAAGGAGCCGGUAGUCAAAACAGCUUCUUUGGAAGGAACGGUCCAGCUCAUGACCAGAAAAAGAAGUUGUUGAAGCCAGAUCCCAUGGUGGUGGCCACGAAGCUAUUGGCAAGAAGAAAAUUCAUAGACACGGGAAAACAAUUCAAUAUUAUCGCUACGUCGUGGAUUCAGUUCAUGAUCCAUGACUGGAUCGAUCAUUUGGAAGACACCCACCAGAUCGAACUGGUGGCGCCAAGAGAAGUAGCGAACAAAUGCCCAUUAAAGUCCUUUAGGUUUUACAAGACAAAGGAAGUGCCGACCGGUUUCUUCGACACCAAGACCGGUUCCCUUAAUAUCCGUACACCUUGGUGGGAUUCGAGUGUGAUAUAUGGAAGCAAUGCGAAGAUGUUGGAGAGAGUGAGAACGUACAAAGACGGGAAACUAAAGAUAUCGUCGGAAAAAGGGCUCCUCCAUGUCGGAGAGGACGGCUUAGCCGUCUCCGGCGACGUUCGCAACAGCUGGGCCGGCGUCUCCGUCCUGCAAUCCCUUUUCGUAAUGGAGCACAACUCCGUCUGUGACGCGCUCAAGAAGGAAUAUCCUGAUUUGGAAGACGAAGAUUUGUAUCGCCAUGCGCGAUUGGUGACGUCGGCAGUGAUAGCUAAGAUCCAUACCAUUGAUUGGACCGUCGAGCUUCUCAAGACCGAUAUGUUACGCGCCGGGAUGCGUGCAAACUGGUACGGGUUAUUAGGGAAAAAAUUCAAAGAUGCAUUCGGACACGUGGGGGGUUCGGUCUUAGGAGGACUCGUGGGUCUAAAGAAGCCUCAAAACCAUGGAGUUCCAUAUUCUCUAACCGAAGAAUUCACAAGUGUUUACAGAAUGCACCCUCUUUUACCCGACGACCUUAUUCUACGUGACACCAAAGUCAAACCCGGGACCAACAAAUCUCUCCCCGUGGCCAGCACAGUUAAUAUGGGGAAUUUGAUUGGUCGAAAGGGAGAGACGACGCUUUCAGAAAUAGGGUUCACAAACCUGAUGGUGUCAAUGGGCCACCAGGCAUGUGGGGCCCUCGAGCUCUGGAAUUAUCCCGAAUGGCUCCGUGAUCUUGUUCCUCAAGACCCCGACGGCCGUGAUCGUCCCGACCAUGUCGACCUCGCCGCCCUCGAGAUCUAUAGGGACAGGGAGAGGAGCGUCGCACGUUACAACGACUUCAGGAGGGCAUUGUUUCUGAUUCCGAUCUCGAAGUGGGAAGAUCUGACGGACGACAAGGAAGCCAUAGAGGUGCUUGAUGACGUGUACGGUGGUGAUGUGGAGGAGCUUGAUAUUAUGGUGGGCCUUAUGGCAGAGAAAAAAAUCAAAGGCUUCGCUAUUAGCGAGACCGCUUUUGUCAUUUUCCUCCUCAUGGCCACAAGGAGGUUGGAAGCUGAUAGAUUCUUUACGAGCAACUUCAACGAGGAGACAUACACCAAGAAAGGGUUCGAAUGGGUGAAUACUACGGAGAGUCUAAAGGAUGUUUUGGACCGUCAUUACUCGGACAUGACCGAUAAGUGGAUGAAUUCUGAGAGUGCCUUUUCGGUAUGGGAUUCACCACCUGUGAAGGAAAACCCUAUCCCCCUCUACCUCCGCAUUCCGGCCUAAUCCGAUAAAUAAAAAUCGAUAUAACUAUUCGUUAUCAUAUUGUUGGAACCUUGUUUUUCAUCGUGUGCUUUUUGGUAUAAUCCCAUUUGAUGUAUUUGGUCGUGUCUGUUUUCCAUUAUGAAGAAACUUUUAAUAAAAACAUAUUGUGUUGUUGCUCUCGUGUGGGGAAAA